AUGGAGAUGGCUUUGCAGGAGCGCCUCAUGGCUUUGCGUGAGGAACUGGAGCAGAGUGAACAGCGCCGCCACAAGGCGCUAUCCGAUUUGGCCAAACUGUCCACUUUCUGUGGGGGAGAUGCUGGCGAACUCAAGGAAAGGCUGAAGGACGAGCAACAGCAAAAUGCAGAGAUGAGCAACGUUCUGAAGCGCGCAAGCGAUCAACGCGAUGGGCUUGUGUUGUUCCUGGAAGACUCAAGGAAGACUCUGGCAGCCCUUGAGCCAGGUCUGGUGCAGGCAUCCAGCAAUAUGGAUUCCCUCACUGAUACCCUUGCCUUGCAGCACCAACAGCUGCAGGUGGCACAGAAGGAGCUGCAGGAAGUAAGCAAUGACAGGGACGCCAUGGCUGUGCGUGUGCAGGAGUUGCAGCAUGACACAGGCUGUGCCGAGCGUCUGUUGGAGGCUUUGGACCCUCUGCAGUUGGCAAAUGGCAGGGAUGGGGCAUUGUCCCUGGAUGAUGUAGCUGUGAGGCUUGAGCUGUGUGCCCAGGGCUUGCGACAGGACCAGCUGGGUGGGACGAAUGGUCGUUGCCCCAUGGGAUCCCUGCUUCCAAGGAUGCAGGCAGCACUGGAAGCUCUCAUUUGCUGCAUAAAGCAGGCACUGGAAAGCUCGAACCCAGAAGACUGCAGUUCCACUGGACUGGUGGAGAAACUGAGGACGGUUGCCAAGGAGAAGAGGCAGCUUGAAUCAGAACUUGCUUCUACAAGGGGUGACCUUGGCCACAUGCUGCAAGAACGAAGUGAGCUUGAGCGCACUGCAACAGAGCUGGAGACUGCCGUUCAUCGUGAGAUGGCAAAGUUGACAGCCAGCCAAGACCACCAGUACAGAUUGAAGAAGGCGUUGGAUGAG